GGAUCCCUUCCCAAGAUUAUCCUUUUUGAAAGCAAUUUUAUAUGUUGGACUCUUUACUCACUUGCUUUCUUUCUGAAGGCUUCCACGUUGGCAGGAGGUUUGCGUCCUUAGGUGAAUGUCCUGGCACUGCGACUGCGAGCGAAGCUGUCGGUCUUGGGAGGGGAUAAAGCUGCGUGUAAAUGAGAAGAGAGGAGUGUACCGGAGUGCUAUGGAGGGCAGCAACUUUGUUGCUGUGACUUUUACAAGCCUUCAAGGAAGUUCCAUGGAGUUGGACUAAAAUAAAGUUUUGGGAUGUCUCUAUUUGGAUUAAAAUUUGGAAAGAAGAAAUUGAAAGAGGAAGAGAGACAACUUCAAGCAAACAACCGGGAUUUUAAUCUGCAGUUUGAAUAUGCUAACAAUUCAAUUAAAACAUCGAAAUACAAUUUCUUCACUUUCCUGCCUCUCAACCUGUUUGAGCAGUUUCAGCGAAUAGCCAAUGCUUACUUCCUUUUCUUGCUGAUUUUGCAGCUGAUACCUCAGAUUUCCUCACUGGCCUGGUUUACAACAGUGGUGCCCCUGGUGCUUGUGCUGGCUGUAUCAGGAGUCAAGGAUGCCAUUGAUGAUUUUAAUCGACACAAAAGCGACAAACACGUCAACAACCGCCCAGUCCAGGUCCUGAUCAAUGGCAUGUUAAAGGAACAAAAAUGGAUGAAUGUCCAAGUGGGGGAUAUAAUAAAACUAGAAAACAACAACUUUGUGACAGCUGAUCUCCUGUUGCUGUCGAGCAGUGAGCCACACAGCCUGACAUACAUCGAGACAGCUGAGCUGGAUGGUGAAACAAACCUGAAGGUGAAGCAGGCACUAACAGUCACUGCAGAGCUUGGAGAAGAUCUUCAGAAGCUGACGGACUUCAAUGUGACACUUCCCAGACAUCACACAGACCUGAGGAAUAACUGUGCACACAGGACAGGAGAAGUCAGAUGUGAGGCACCAAACAACAAACUGGAUAAAUUCACAGGAACUCUUACUCUUCGGGGAGAGAAAUAUGCCCUGGACAACGAGAAGAUGUUGCUGAGGGGCUGUACUAUCAGGAACACAGAGUGGUGCUUUGGGCUCGUUAUUUAUGCUGGGCCAGACACAAAACUCAUGCAGAACAGCGGAAAAACAACUUUUAAGCGAACAAGCAUUGAUCGGCUCAUGAAUGUCCUUGUGUUGGUGAUCUUUGCAUUUUUAGCACUGAUGUGUCUCAUCCUAGCCAUUGGCAAUGGUAUCUGGGAGCAUGAUAAGGGCUACUACUUCCAGGUCUAUCUGCCCUGGGCAGAGGGCGUCAACUCUGCCUCCUACUCCGGCUUCCUCAUGUUCUGGUCAUACGUGAUCAUUCUAAACACAGUGGUACCUAUUUCACUCUAUGUCAGUGUGGAGAUUAUACGCUUGGGUAACAGUUUCUACAUCAACUGGGACCGUAAAAUGUAUUACCCGCUGAAUGACACGCCAGCUCAGGCUCGAACCACUACACUCAACGAAGAGCUGGGGCAGAUCAAGUACAUCUUCUCAGACAAAACAGGAACUCUCACCCAGAACAUCAUGUGUUUCAUCAAGUGCUCUAUCAAUGGCAAAUCCUAUGGUGAUGUGUAUGAUAUGUCUGGGCAAAGGAUAGAAAUAAAUGAGAACACCAAGAACGUUGAUUUCUCAUACAACCCAUUAGCCGACCCAAAGUUUGCCUUCUAUGACCACAGCCUGGUUGAAGCUGUGAAGCUGAAUGAUGUCCCGACGCACAGGUUCUUCCGGCUGCUCUCACUUUGCCACACGGUGAUGCCAGAGGAGAAGAAGGAAGGUAACUUGGUGUAUCAAGCACAAUCUCCUGACGAGGGAGCCCUAGUCACUGCUGCCAGAAACUUUGGAUUUGUUUUCCGGGCUCGCACACCAGAGACCAUCACUGUUGUGGAAAUGGGAGAAACAAAAAUCUACAAACUACUGGCUAUUCUUGAUUUCAACAAUGUUCGCAAACGAAUGUCUGUGAUUGUGCGGAGUCCAGAAGGUGACUUGACUUUGUACUGCAAGGGAGCUGAUACCAUUCUUUAUGAACUGCUUCAUCCAUCCUGCAAUUCUCUCAAAGAGGAGACCACAGAACACCUGAAUGAGUUUGCUGGAGAAGGCCUGAGGACACUCGUGGUGGCCUAUAAGAGCCUAGAGGAAGACUACUUUCAGGAUUGGAUCAGGCGUCACCAUGAAGCAAGCACUGCCUUGGAAGGACGGGAAGACAAACUGUCGGAGUUAUAUGAAGAGAUUGAAAAAGACCUAAUGCUGCUAGGUGCCACAGGCAUAGAGGACAAGCUACAAGAUGGUGUCCCACAGACAAUUGAGACUCUUGCCAAAGCCAACAUCAAGAUAUGGGUUCUCACUGGAGAUAAGCAAGAGACAGCAAUGAAUAUUGGUUACUCAUGCAACUUGCUGAAUGAUGACAUGGAAGAAGUUUUCAUUAUUGAAGGCAGCACAUCUGAUGACGUACUGAACGAGCUGAGGAGUGCAAGAAAAAAGAUGAAGCCAGACUCCUUUCUGGACAGUGAUGAAAUUAAUAUUCAGUUUGAAAAAUCUUCGAAAAAACAAAUAAUUAUACCUGAUGAGCAAGCAAAUGGGGUGUACGGUCUGGUUAUCACUGGCCACAGCCUGGCUUAUGCACUGGAAGGUAACCUGGAGCUGGAGCUGGUGAGAACUGCCUGCAUGUGCAAAGUGGUGAUCUGCUGCCGGGUGACUCCCCUGCAGAAGGCCCAGGUGGUGGAGCUGGUGAAGAAGUACAAGAAGGCUGUGACCCUGGCGAUCGGAGAUGGUGCCAACGAUGUCAGCAUGAUCAAAACUGCCCACAUCGGGGUCGGCAUCAGUGGCCAGGAGGGGAUGCAGGCAGUCCUGUCCAGCGACUUCUCUUUCGCACAGUUCCGCUACCUGCAGCGCCUGCUCCUGGUCCACGGACGGUGGUCCUACAUCCGCAUGUGCAAGUUCCUCAAGUACUUCUUCUAUAAGAAUUUUGCCUUCACCUUGGUGCAUUUCUGGUAUGGCUUCUUCUCUGGCUUCUCAGCGCAGACUGUCUAUGAUGAGUGGUUCAUUACACUUUACAACUUGGUAUACACCUCUCUCCCAGUGCUAGGAAUGAGUCUCUUUGAUCAGGAUGUGGAUGAUCACUGGAGCAUGCUGUUCCCUCAGCUAUAUGUGCCUGGCCAGCAAAACCUCUACUUUAACAAGGUGGUGUUUGUCAAAUGCAUGUUGCAAGGGAUCUACAGUUCCCUCAUCCUCUUCUUCAUCCCCUAUGGGGCCAUGUACAAUACAAUGCGGAGUGAUGGGAAGGCUGUUGCUGACUACCAGUCCUUUGCUCUGAUGGCCCAGACCUGCUUACUGAUCGUGGUGUCUGUACAGAUUGGCUUGGACACCUCUUACUGGACAGUUGUCAAUCAGUUCUUCAUCUGGGGAAGCCUUUCUGUUUAUUUUGCUAUCACCUUCACCAUGUACAGUGACGGCAUGUACCUGAUUUUCACAGCCUCCUUUCCCUUCAUUGGUACGGCUCGUAAUACCCUCAGCCAACCAAACGUGUGGCUGGCCAUCUUCCUCAGCAUCACCCUCUGUGUGCUGCCAGUGGUUGGCUUUCGAUUCCUGAAGGCUCAGUUAAAGCCAACUCCCAGCGACAAGGUCCUGCUGAAGAUCAAGGAAGCCAAAAAGCAGCCCCCUCCACCCUCACCCAAGCGACGCCUGCGCCGGACCAGCACCCGCCGCUCUGGUUACGCCUUCUCUCACCAGCACGGCUUUGGAGCACUCAUCAUGUCUGGGAGAAACAUGCGGCCAAAAUCACCUUUUGCCACAAUGGGAACAUUUUCACCAAACAGUGACAAAAAUAAACACAAAGGAUUGUAACAAAAGAAGAAAAAACAAAGGAGAUAAAAAAAAAGGAAAAUACUUCCCCCCCCUGCCCCGUCCCCCUUAAAAAUUAACAAAACAAACCAAAGGGCUGUCAGGAGAGGAGGCUGUGCUGCCUGCAAGGCACCGAGCCAGUGGCUGCCCAGAGCUCUGCCCUCCAGGCUGCCAAAUCAAGGACUUGGGGCUUUCCUUUCACCCACACGCACUCUCUGAUUCUAGUUUAUUUUCCAAAGAUGUGUGCUGCUGCUGGGGAAGGUGGGCUGGGUGAGUUGGAGCGUGGAGUUGCACGGUAUCCCAGAGGGCCUCCCUGGCACCAGAGAGAACGUAUUGGGAGGUAUCUCUGCUCCCUGAGAUUGUUCAUAACGCUAAUUUUUUUUUUUUCUCCCUCUAACUACAUACCUCAGAGCAAAGAGAAUUUCAGUCUGAGGAAAAGGUUGAAUUGGCGAUGUCUUUCUCAGUUACGUGCCUUCAUUUUUCUUCAUGAAUCCACUCUGGGCCGUAUUACUGGGGUGACAAUAUUGACCCCAGGUGUGCCUUAGGUCCAGCCACACAACCCACAAAUCCACAACCUUUGUAAAGUGUGAUUUUGUAGCCUUUUGACUGUGAUCCACUUUCUCAAGAGAUGGCCAGUACCCAAACACCACCCUCUUCCCACAUCUGCCAUCAGAAGUGCUGCAAGCUCAGGAAACCCUUAGUAGGUCAAGGGACCAGGAGCUGACAGUCAUCAACCUGCUCUGAUUUCUCUGGGUUGCAAAUCUGCUCUUGUAAAGGAUUAUUGUUCUCAGAACCCUCUCAAGUUUUGUAACUGGGCACCAGCCAUUUCAUUUAGACUUAAAAUAAAAGAUCAGAAGG